AUGGAAGGCGAAAAGUACAGCGCGUCUCUGAUUCGCCUGUGGAGGGUUUGGCGGACAACCAAGGAGAUGAUGAACGACCGGGGCUACAUGAUUGUCGAAGAUGACAUGACCAUGUCACUUGAGGAGUUCUCAAGGAAAUAUGCGCGCGAAGACGGAGAGCCUGACCGUUCGCGCCUCAACUUCUCCUGCCAGCCCUCCGAAGACAUGCUCCGAAGGUAUACCGAUGCCCCGACCAAGAAGAACCCAGAGCCCCUACCCAACAUCGGCACCAUCUGGAUUGAGUUCAACGCCGACGAGAACGUUGGAAUGAAGCAACUGCGCGACUACAUGUCCCAUCUUGUCAACGGUUCCUUCCACUCCGGCAUCAUGGUCACCGUAAAGCCCAUGACGGGUAUGGCCCUUCGACUCCUCCGUGGCGCGACAAGCAUCACCGACGGUCCCAAGGGCGGUGUAGAGGUCUUUGUCGAGCAAGAUCUGCUGGUCAACAUCACAAAGCACGAAUUGGUGCCCAAGCACGUCCUGCUGAGUGACGAGGAGAAGCAGCAGCUACUUCAGCGAUACCGUCUGAAGCAGACACAGCUCCCCAGAAUCCAGUCCACGGACCCAGUCGCCAAAUAUCUCGGUCUGAGGAGAGGUUCUGUCGUCAAGAUUAUCCGAAAGUCAGAAACAGCCGGUCGAUACGCCAGUUACCGAUGGGUCAUAUAA